AUGACGGAAGGCACCUACGAAAGGGUGUCUCCAUUUUUGAGACAGCUGCUAGCAGUGAGCGGAGUGGUGAUGUACAUGAUUGGCACGGGAGCCAACAUCGCCUUCCCAGGAGUGUUGCUGCAGCAGCUCCGGGAGCCAGGGUCGGCGCUGCGGCUUACUCCGGAACAUGAGUCCUGGAUAGCCUCGAUCCUUGGUCUGGCGCUGAUCGCCGGUAUCGUGGUGGCGCCGUUCAGUCUGCAGAAGCUGGGCCGUAAGCUGACCAACCAACUCAGCUCCCUACCGACCCUCGGAGGCUGGGCUCUGCUAGCCACGGCUAAAGGACCUGCAGCAUUACUUAUCAGCAGAUCUUUACUGGGUUUCGGCAUGGGCGUCCAGGCAGCAGCUGCACCAGUUUCCAUAGCUGAGUACUCUGCUCCCAAGCAUCGAGGUGCCUUCCUCGCCACCAUCGCCUUCUCCUUCGCCACCGGAAUGUUAAUCGCCCACGUCUUCGGAACCUUACUGUACUGGAGAUCAGCUGGCCUGGCUUGUGGAAGUGUCUACGUCCUUUCUCUAAUCCUGGUCACACUAUCACCAGAAACACCUCCGUACCUAGCCUCCAGAGGCCUUGUAGAAGAGUGUAGGAAAUCUUUUCAUUGGUUUAGAGGAUACGACCCUAGUGCAGAAAAGGAAUUAGAGAUUCUUCUGAAUAGCCAGAAGAAACCAACAGGAACACGACGAGGGUCUCGAUGGCAGGCAUAUAGACAGAUAGUCAGGAAACCCGAAUUUUACAAACCAACAAUCAUCAUGAUGUUCAUGUUCGUGCUGUUUCAAAUAUCUGGGAUGACAGUAGUCCCGUCCUAUACAGUCCCAAUGAUGAAUGAAGUGAGUGGCGGUACCAUUGACUCACAUGUCAGCAUGUUGAUGGUAGAUGUCGUCAGAUUUGUGACGGCCGUCCUUUCGUGCGUCGUCGUCAACAAGCUCAAUAGAAGGACAGUCCUCUUUCUUGGAAUUAACAUCAGUGUGGUGUCCCUACUCAUCACUGCCAUCCUACUCUACCUCAGAGAUUUCGGCUACAUAUCGGAUGGGUACAAGUGGACCCCAGUUGUUCCUACCCUAAUAUACAUUUUUGGAAAGACUUUAGGUAUCUUACCAAUACCCUGGGCUAUCGCAGGGGAGAUAUUCCCUCUAGAAUACAGGAGUUUGGGAAGUGGAAUCUCAGGAAUGUUCCUUUCCAUUAUGUUUUUCGUUGUGGUGAAAACGGCACCAUUCUCCUUUGAACAGAUUGGUGUCAGUGGCACUUUCUGUGUGUAUGCAGUUUGCAUUGCCAUUUGUGGGAUAUUUUUAUACUACUUACUGCCAGAAACUAAAGGAAAGACGUUGUACGAGAUAGAGUGUCACUUCAAAGGUAUUAAAGGUGAGAUCGGGCAGAACGAGUCUCAUGAAGGAGAGAAGAUGUUGGAACUGAAGAAUGUAGAAUGUAGAUGA